AUGGCUAAGGAGAUACUUCUAUUCUGGGGAAACCACUUUACUGCUCAGUGGUCUAUCUCAAAAGUUACUAAAUGUGGUUCACACGACAACACGCCGUUACAGAUAGUCGACAUUCUCAUAACAACGAGUGACGGGGUGUCACGAAGCUUAGUAACUCAGAAAUUCCCAGCAGACGACUCACCGUGGUAUCUGGACAAUGACGAAGAACCUAAACUUGCCAGCGCGGAAGCCUUUGGUUCACAGGAAGCAUUCCGGUUUCUCCUAAGCUGUCUCGAAGCUACAAAGUCGUCCGGGAAUAGAGUCGUCAGGCUUGUUAUUCCUCUGCACAGGGGCGUAAUUGUCAGAUCAGAUAUCAUCCCACUCCGUCUCGGGGAUGCUCUGGGAGUCGAGAAAGUGGCAUCUUUUUCAACGCCCCUUCAAUAUUUCCCCGGGGACGCCCUACCCCUGGACACGGUUGCAUUCCCCGACCUGUUUCGCUCUUCAGCAGGGGGGAUAUUGCUACGACACCCGUCUCCAGCGACGAAACCAGGGUUGGGAAACUCGACGGUAUCUCCGCAAUUCGAGGCCGAGUUUGAAAAUAAACUGUCGAUUCCGUUGGUUAUCCCGACGCCGGCCACUCGCAAACGCAUUGUGCUCGUUGGGUGCAGCUAUCGCGACCCCUCGUCAGGGGCGUGGACUACAUUCGCGUGUAGCGCAGCUCGCGCUCUUGGAAUCGACCUGGUUAUCAUCGAAAAGCCCGGGUGUUGGAUCGAGAGGAGCGAGUACUCGGAUUGGUACGAAGCGCUCUUGCCCGCUGGUCCUUGGUGGUCGAAUCCGCCUGGUGAUGACAUGGCGGACCACAUCGUCGCGACGGUGAGAUCUUACGGUAAGAGGGUUGACGGCAUCGUCGCUUUCUUGGAACCGUUUCUCGCCACGGUUAGUCGGGCAGCCCAGCAACUCGGUCUUCCAUGCCAACCAGCCGAAUCGUACGAGAUUGCGACCGACAAGUAUAGGUUGGCUAUGUUCGAAGGUCGUGAGCCCUUCUUUGGCUCAACAGCCGAAGAUGCAUUGAAUUUCGCGUCUAGAGAGAAGCUACAGUAUCCCCUUAUUCUCAAACCUCGCCUAGGCCUGAACUCAGAAGGCGUUGUGCGAGUAGAUGACGCGGCAGGGAUUCACUCCGCCGUAGAAAUGAUACGGAAGACUUUCUACAAGUCAUUUACGAUGGAAAGAUACUGCGACGGGCCAGAAGUCGAUGUCAACGUCGUCCUACUAGAUGGUGAAGUAGUAUUCUGCGAGAUCUCCGACGAUUUCCCCAAAUCAGGGGAUAGGGGUGAUGCAGGAGUUCCCGCCUCGCAAGGGAACUUCUUAGAGACCUAUCUUGUUCACCCCUCCGCACUGCCGUCUACCGAAUUAGAGAUGUUACAGAAAGCUAUCAGCAUGACUAUUCGACGGCUAGGAUUUUCUAGUGGAAUUAUGCACGUGGAGGCCCGAGUCGAUCAGUCAUCAGUUGAAUACCGUCCUGUUGGUAACAUCGUGGACCUGUGCUCCACCGACAAAGUCGCGACAUCGAGCCCCCCUUCUCCCUGGGUCCUGGAAAUCAACCCUCGGCCUCCCGGUUUGACUGCCAGUCGCAUUGUCGAGUCCGUGUACGGAAUUGAUUAUUUCGGGGUUGCGCUGACCUUGGCUAUUAACGACAAAGAACGGGUCAAGGCAUUGGCCCGCCCAUUUCUGAACGGAGCUCAAUACACAGGUGCGAUGGUUUUGAUCGGUGCCGAGUUUGAUAGAACGUGUGAAGGGAUCUUUGAUUCGGAUGAUAUCUGCGAAGAGCUGAUAUCCCGCAGACCAGACCUGGCACGAAACAUCAACCGCUGCGAGUGUCUUGCGAAAAGGGGACAGAUAAUUCCACAUCCAAGUACCGGCGCAAACACAUUUGUAGCUUAUUUCAACGUCUUCUCCAAGUCUAGAAAGGAAGCACUUGAAAUAGCAGCUGAAGUACGAAAAGAAGUUAGGUACUCAAUUCGCUGAGGUCGGAAUACAUGAUACGGACAUUCCCCAUGGCGCUCGGCGAGUUCGUGGUUAGUCACUCUUUAAUUCCCUGUACCUUUGUUUGUAUUCGCUCGUUUUCUUGUUUCAAAGGCGUAUGUUGGGACCUAUAGAAUAUAGACAUGAGUAAGUAGACUAGACAUAGACUAGACAUGGACUAGACAUAAACAUAGACUAGACAUAAAC